AUGUUCGAACCAAUUCGAGGCGGCACUCGCGGUGGACAGGCUGAAUUCAAGUGGUCGGACGUCUCUGCAGACAAGGACAGAGAGAAUUAUCUAGGACACAGUAUCAAUGCGCCAACUGGACGUUGGCAGAAAAACAAGGAUGUGCACUGGUACAACAGAGACGUCUCAAAUUCAGAGGCAGAGAGACUAGAGGAAAUAAGAAAAGUAAAGGAAGCCGAGGCCGAGGCCCUCUCUGUUGCUCUUGGUUUCGCUCCAAAUGCCAAAGGUGCUGUCGCAAAAGAUGAGCCUACUCCUUCAACUUCAAAGCCCGUUGAGAAUGCUACCUCCCCCGAUCAAACCGCGUUGGACAAGGAAGAAAGACGGCGUAGAAAGGCUGAACGGAAAGAGGAGAAGAAGGCAAAGAAAGAACUGCGUCGUCUAGAACGACAAGAGAGGCACACCAGCGUCGACACCCGAAGGAGAAGGGAACACUCCAGCUCUCGUUCAAGAUCGCCUCGCACCCGUUCUCGGGAACGAAGAGACUAUGAUGAUCGUUACCCUCGACGUCGAAGCAGAUCACCUGCAACACCACCUUAUCGUGAUCAGUAUCGAAUAUCACCAGAAAAGUAUGAUGAUAUAUCCCGGGAGAGGGAAAGGGACCGGGACCGUCGAAGAUGGGAUGCCAACUCGAGAAGAAACGAGCCAGGCGCCAGAUGGGGACGAGAGUGA